AUGGCUAGAAUAUCAUUACAUUCAAAUAACUCUGUUAUCUCUUACUUUGGAGAUACAGAAAAUAACGUCACACUGUCCAUGUACGACCAUGAACCUUCUCCAAGAUCUGAGGAACUGAGGAUUUUAAGGACGCUUCACUGGAUCUUCAGCUCCAUUAUUGGCGUCAUUUUUGUUGCUCUGGGAAUCACCGGGAAUACUCUUUCGUUCAUUGUUUGGAGGAAGAGAUCAUUACAAUCGUCCACAGGACACUAUUUGACCUUUUUGUCCUUUGUCGACAUGUUCGUUCUAAUUCUCUACUUUCUGGUGGAGAGCCUCCCUCAGAUUGAGCCUCUUCUUCGGUUUUCCCCUAAUUAUGGCGCUUUCUACUCCUAUGUCGGUUACCCUUGUUUCCAUUUUGCCUCCAUGGUCAGUCUCUGGUUUAUGUUUGGAGCCACCUUUGAUCGGUAUAUCCAUGUAUGCUGUCCAUCAAAAGCCAAGCUUUGGUGCAAGAAAAGAAAAGUCAAUUUAAUUCUUUGCCUGACAUCAGGAAUUUGCUUCUUUUUCACCAUUCCUCAUUUCCUGACUUAUGUUCCUAACGAGGAGUCGUUUUAUUCCUUUGUCUACACGGAAUUUGGAAACAGUGACAUGAAGAAGAAAUACAUCUUUUGGGUAUUCUGCUUCCUCCUCAUGAACUUAGCUUGGUAUCCGCCGAUGUUCAUGAACUUCCGAAUGGUUCGACACUUGAAGACAACCAAGAUUUCGAAGCCACAGGCCAAGCUAACACGCAUGCUUCUGUACGUGUCGUUUGCCUCGCUCCUGUUUCUGACGCUAGGAUGUUCCCCACAAUGUUACUUGAUGUUUUUCAGGAUGAAUGACAUUGCCAUCUUUGAGGAAGCGUGGUCCUUGACAUUACUCGUAGUUGUGAUCCGCUCUUCCGUCAACAUCGUUUUCUACGCACUGUUUUAUGAUCGAUUCUGUAGGGAACUCAAAAAGGUGUUUGGAUGGCUGCACGAACAGGUGUUCGAAGAUGAUGUCACGUCACAUGAAGAAUCUACCGAGUGA